AUGAGCAAAUUUCAAAAUUUAUCAUUAAAACAAUUUAAACCAAUUAUUAUUCGGAAUUUUGCUUGGUUUAAUCGACAAACAGUUAAAGAAAGUUUUGGUACAAAAUUAAAACGACGUUUAAAAAAUCUCUUAAUUGUUACUAUUGUUGGUUCUGGUAUUUAUUAUGGUUAUCGUAAUUAUCGUGACUAUAAAUGGUUUCAAGAUAUGAAUGAUUCAGAUAAUUCUAGUGGUACAAAACCACGUAUUGUUAUUCUUGGAACAGGUUGGGGUGCUGUACCAUUUUUAAAACAUAUUGAUAGUCAUAAAUAUGAAGUUGUUUGUGUAUCACCACGUAAUUAUUUUUUAAUGACACCAUUAUUACCAUCAGUUAGUGUUGGUACAGUUGAAACUCGAACAGUAAUUGAAUCUGUACGUUCACUUAUUGGACCAAGAAUAAAAUAUAUUGAAGCACAUUGUGUUAAUAUUGAUCCAAAAAUGAAAACUAUAACAUGUAAUAGUCAAGAUUCAAGUCCUGUAUCUCGUGGUGAUGAUAUUAAAGCAAUAUUUGUACCAUCGAAACGUGAAGGUGGUGCAUCAUCAAGAAUAAUUAAAGAUUCUGCUCGAACACGACCACAAUUUGACAUGAAAUAUGAUAUUCUUAUUGUUGCUAUUGGUUCAGAAAAUAAUACAUUUAAUAUUCCAGGUGUUGAAGAACAUGCACAUUUUCUUAAAGAAAUUCUUGAUGCUAGACGUAUACGUUCAGCUAUUAGUGAUGCAUUUGAAUCAGCUAUGACACCAACACAAACAGAAGAGGAACGAAAACGUCUUUUACAUUUUGUUGUUGUUGGUGGUGGACCAACAGGUGUUGAAUUUGCUGCUGAACUUGCAGAUUUAGUUCGUGAAGAUCUUCACCAUUAUUAUCCGCGUUUAGUUGCUAAAGAUGUUCAAAUAACAUUAAUUGAAGCACUUGAUAAUGUUUUAUCCAUGAUGGAUAAACAAAUAAGUGAAUAUACUGAAAAACAUUUUCAUCGUGAAAAUAUUGAAGUCUUAAUGAAUACAUUUGUUAAAGCUGUUAAACAACGUGAAGUUAUUAUUCAAGCUAAAGGUUCAAAUGAACAAAAAUCAAUUCCAUGUUCUGUUGUUGUUUGGGCAACAGGUAUUAAAGCACGUCCAUUAACAAAUCGUAUACGAGAUAUAAUUGGUUUAAAUAUUCAAAGUAAUCGAAUGGGUAUUCUUACUGAUCAAUAUUUACGUGUCAAAGGUAUUAAUGAUAGUUCAAUGUUUGCUAUUGGUGAUUGUGCUACAAUUGAACAACCAAAAUUAGUUGAUCGUAUUCAUUUAUUAUUUGAAGAAGCUGAUACAGAACAUCGAGGAGCACUUGAUUUUAAUCAAUUUCGAUCAUUAGUCGAACGAAAAAUUACUGAAUUUCCACAGCUUGAAUUUUUUUCAAAAAAAAUUGAACAAGCAUUUGAAGAAGCCGAUAAAGAUAAAUCAGGUUAUCUAACUAUGGCAACACUUCAUUCAAUACUUGAAAAAGCUGAUAAAAAAGUUCGUGCAUUACCAGCAACAGCACAAGUUGCAUCACAAGAAGGUCGUUAUAUAGCUGAUUUACUUAAUCAAUUAUCAGAUUUAACUAUAAUUAAUUAUCAACAAAAUAAUUUAAAACCGUUUCGUUAUAAACAUAUGGGUUCAUUAGCAUAUGUUGGUGGUGAUUCAGCUGUAUUAGAUUUUACUGGUACAAAACCAAUACUUGAUAUAUUUAAUUUAAAACCAUUAUCAGGUCGUGGUGCUGCUUAUUUAUGGAAAUCAUUUUAUUUUACAGAAAUGUUUACAGGACGAACAAAAACAUUACUUGCAUUUGAUUGGGUUCGUACACAUUUAUACGGACGAGAUAUUAGUCGUUAUUAA